UAGGCCAUUCUUGAUUCACCUGCUCUAAAGCAUAUAUCUAUAUAUCAUUGAAGUGGUUUUAGAGGAAGCAAACAACUCAAAAGAACCUCUACAUUCCUUCCAUUUCUGUCCACCAUUAAAAAAUUUUCUUGUUCAUCACCAAGCUAGUACUUCCAAAAAGAAAGAAGAAGUUGAUCUCUAUCAUAUAAUGAGGCCAUGGAUGUUAUUCCUUGUCAUACUUUUGUCGAUUCAAAUCCAUGAAUCUCAAGGUUCAAGAAGAAGAUCCCAUCACUUCAAGAACAUCCAAGAAUUUCUUGUUAAUGGAGUGGAAGAAACUAAUGAGGAAGAAAAGUUGCAGCUGCAUAGUUCAGGAAUGAAGAAUAGAAAACUAAGUACGAUCACUCCAAUUUCCACCUCUCCCACCAUUAAUCCUAAGAAGCACGACGAAGACAAAGUUCGCCGCGACAAAAUAGGAAGAAAAGAAGAAAAUCUAACGGUUAAUCGGGCUUCAUCGCGGGACAAGCGACGACAACCUCAUCCGGCCCCGUAUCCCGACACUCUAGACCUGUCUGAAAUGGAUUAUUCUGUGGCAAAAAGAAAGCCUCCUAUACACAAUUAGGUAUAAUUUUGUAAGAGAAAACUAUAGAGAAGAAAA